GAUGAUUAUCUGGUUUGCUGCGAGAAAUUAUUCGUUUACCUUUAUCGUUACGGUAGUAAAGAUGUGAAACGCUUCAAAUAUAUUGGCAAAGCGGAUUUUAUGGAUUCGUCGAUGCUCGAAUUCACCAGCGUUACAGCCUGUGGUGACAAAGUGGCAGCAGCAAUCUCAUUCGGCCGAGUUUUUAUAUGGUUGGUAGCGAAGAAAGUGCUGUUGGAAAUGAGCUUUUGA